CUGCUCAAUUUUUUUACUUCUAUUUUUCUGUCGUAGUCGAAUCUUUUUCCUUAUAUAUAUCAAUUUACAGAGGCGAAAGAAAGUGUAGAAGGUUAACCUAACUAUAGUUUGCUCGUUGAAUACGAAGAUGUCCAAUCUUCUAAGGGAUUUUUCGGAUCUUCCAAGGGAUAUGGCGGAGGAGGUGACAUCUCUAAGAAGACUCCGAUCUACUUGCAAAUAGUGGAACACUUAAACUAGAUGUAGGAGCUUUGCAAAGAAGCACCUUGGUCGUCAAGCAAAAGUAGCUGCAAAGAAAAGAGAGUUUACGGUGGUCAUGAUGAUGGGUUUUAGGGUUUAUUUGAUGCGCAUAAAUCUUCACAACAACGUUGAAUUAUUCAUGAAACGUGAAGGUAAACUUAUUUUCCCCGACGCUUCAUAUCAAAUCUAUGUACGGCAAGUCUUUCACUGCGACGGUUUAUUGUUAUGCAUCCUGAAAGACAACCCUAGGCUUGUGGUUUGGAACCCGUAUUGUGGGCAAACCCGGUGGAUCGAGACAUCAAAUAAUUCUCACAGAUUAGAUGCGUAUUCGAUGCAGUUUACAUUGUUCAUUUGGCAUUCAGAUAAUCACUUCAAAAUCUACGACUUUAACUCUGAUUCAUGGAGGGUUAUUAAUCUUGAUUUCACUCGAGACUGAAACAUAGGUUAUUAUAGCCAUUUCGUGACUGUGUCUCUUAAAGGAAAUACAUAUUGGUUUGCUGAAGAGGCGUAUUCAGAAACCCCAAGCCAAGGAGACCAUAUUGGUUUCUUACUCUGUUUUGAUUUCACAAGAGAGACAUUUAGGCCGCGUUUGCCUCUGCCGGUUGAGUCGUAUCUUGAAGAUACUCUGUUAUUAUCUAGUGUUAGAGAUGAGCAGCUUGCGGUGUUAUUUCAGCAUAUGGAUACAUUACAGAUGGAGAUCUGGGUGACAACUAAGAUUGAGCCCAACACGGUGUCGUGGAGCAGCAAGUUCUUCUUAUCAGUUGAUAUGAGAGAACUCACCGGCAUUUACUCUAUGUUUUCGUUUAUGGCUGCAAGUUUCUUCACUGAUGAGGAGAAGAAAGUUGCAGUGGUUUUUGAUAAAGGAAAAAAGAGGAAGAUGAUGCGCAAUGCAGCUUACAUUGUUGGAGAGGAUGGAUCCUUGAAAGAAGUGGAUCUUGGAGAAUCUCCAAACAAAAAUCUCCGACCACUUGUGUGCUCUUAUGUUCCAAGUUCAGUGCAACUUGAAUAG